AUGACGGAGUCUGAGAAUCCUCCUGGCUGGCCAGAGAGCACCUCUGCCCGUCUGGUAUUCGGACAUGAUGCAGGAUUCGACUUCUGCGACCGCCUGCGGUUGUGGGAGGUCCGUCGUGUUUGCCAGGUCAAACCAUCGCUGGCGACGUAUAUGCGCUCGUCGCGAGCGGUAGUGGAGGAGCCGUCACGGUCUGACGAUGGCGAUUACUCCUUAACUGCGAUUUUGCGUUGUGUGAUGGAUCGCGUGGAUGCCGAUGUUGCCUUCGUCAGUCUCCUUGAUGCUGAGAGGCAGUACUUCAUCUCUGGCGCAAGCCGCUCGGAUGAGGACUGGGAGGCGAGCGCACCGAUUGAAUCGACGAGAUGGUUUGGCUGCGAUUCGAUAUUCCACGCUGGACAGCUUUGCCAUCGGACGCUGCAGAUCAAUGGCGGAGGAGUGUACGAGGAACUUGACCUGUCUCAACAACAGUACACUAAAUCUUUACCUAUCGUCAAUGGUGACCUUGCUCGAUUCAAAAGAUACAUUGGCUUACCUAUCGUCACGGAUAAAGGCUAUACCGUUGGCGCCUUGUUCAUGUUUGGCCACGCUGCUGCUAAAUCUGGUCUGACUUCUAAGCAGCGGUCAUACCUACAGGACAGUACGAAACAAGUUAUAAGACAGCUGGAGCAGGCAGUUCAGGCACUUGAGUGGAGACGAAUGACCAAGUUUAAUACCGCUGUAGGGUCUUUGAUCCAUACCGCAAACCUAGUACAACCUGCCGAACAUCAGUCCGUUGAGCGCCCAUCAGUGCAGCGCCUGGACUCGGGCGAAACAGAUGUCUUGAUACGACGCAUGUAUGAGAAAGCAGUGGAAGUCGUGCUUGAGAGCUAUGAGCUCGAUGCUGUGAUGGUGCAGGAGAUCCCGUUACAUGUUCACCGAACGAGCACUGAGCACGGGUCCGCGAGUGGCGAUGUACCUUCCUUCUUUGCUCAAUCUCAAGUGGACCCCGACGCUUCGUUUCCUUCUCUAUCUCACGAAACAGCCCUCGCGGUGUGCAAAGCUUGGCCGGAAGGUCGGGUGCUCUACCGAAUGACGGACGAAGAGGGCGAGGUCAUGUCUAGUGACUGGACGGAUAUGCAUUCGGACGGCCUACAUCUUGGCCGAGAACUUGCUCAUACUAUGCCUGAAGUGCAACAGCUUCUACUGAUGCCACUCUGGGAUCCACUACACGAGCGCGUUGUGGCCUUGAUGGUUGGGGUUGCGAAUAAUUGGAGUCGAUGUUAUACCCGAAUUAACGACCUUGUGCCGAUGUCCGUCUUCUGCAAAGGCAUUGUGGCGCAGGCGAGAAAAUUCGAGUCGCAGCACAUGGACCAGCGGAAGACUGACUUCAUGGGCUCUGUGUCCCACGAGAUGCGAUCUCCGCUGCACGGUGUGCUUGCGAAUGUGGAGUUGUUAUUGACGACGACGAAGUGUAGUUCAGAACAAGUUGACAUGCUUCAAAGUGCUGCCGCGAGUGGUCGACAGCUGCUUGACUCGAUCGAUAAGGUGUUGCAAUACUGUCAUAUCAGCACGAGAGGUGACAUACCAGAGGAGGUCGUGUCAAUGCACGAAAGGUCAACAGCUGUGAUCAAGUUACCGAUCACAACCGAUGAGCAUAACUUAGGACUGCUGAUCGAACAUGUACUCAGCCGGGCUGUAAUUUCACAUGCUCAGUGGGCUGCGGUGACAACACCGACGGACCAAGGGGAGGCAGGAUCACGAAGACUUGGCGGGUCGUCUGGCUCGACUACGCCCGAAGCCCACGACAAUUUGCACGUUGACACUCAAGCUGUCUCGGGCCUAGUGGCUCGCGCAAGUCAAGGACGGUACCGGCAGGUCCCUGUCGUCUUCGACGUCGCUCAGACUGUCUCUGUCAGCGAGCAAGAUGCUAGCUCGAUACAAACGAUCAUGGAGAACCUUGUGUCGAAUGCUCUAAAAAAUACGUCCCAAGGAUGCGUCCGUAUCAGCUUGGCUGUAGAGACGGUUGUUGAUAGUCCAAGCUCGUCGAUUGUGCUACGAGUGCAGGAUACUGGCAAGGGCAUUCCUGCUGACUUCCUCAAACACAAACUUUUCACGCCGUUUGCUCAGAACGAUUCACUGGGAAUUGGUGUCGGUAUAGGGCUAUCCCUCGUGAAACUUGAGGUAGACUCGCUAGGUGGGACCAUCAAUAUCGAUUCUCGAAGAUCAGUGGGCACGACAGUAAUUGUGCGCCUUCCUGUUACGGCGACAACAUCUGUGCAACCACUCGGCCAACAACAGCACGUAGGCGGCCCGGCUGCGAAAGUACAGCUCUAUGCACCACUGAAGUCUCGCGGCGAGAUUCAGCUUGCGGAUGGUUUGGAUAUGCUACAGGCCUCUCUCAAGACGACGCUUCUGGCACGCUCACAGGCACGAAUGUUGGACCACGAGACAUUGGAGUCUCCAGAUGUCAUGCUCGUGUUGAAGGAGGACCUCCCCGAAUUCUUGAGAGAAUCGUCAGAGAAACGAUCUCUACCUCUGGUACUCUUGUGUCCGCCGGUCAGCCACACCGGAAUCACGACUCCUCCAGAUGACGUUUCUGUCGUUUGCCCAUUCUUGCCUGUUACAAUGGUAGCAGCCAUAAGUAGUCUUCUUGCGAAAGUCGCGAGCACGCCUGCAAUUGAUCGGCCGAUAGCAGCCAGGAAUGAUAGUCAUGCUGCGCUGAAAGUCUUAUCUGAAGCAGUGCGGCUGUUGCACGUCAACGACCAGAGAAUCAGCAGCCUCCUCGCACAACCGACUAUAAUUACGGAUAGCGAUGCCGAGCAUUCAGAGCAGCUUCGGUACUUCCAAGGGGCUUCGCAAAUCCCGAAAGAUGUUACUGCAGACCCUCGCUCGCCCUCGCUACUACUCGUAGACGACAAUCUUGUCAAUCUAAAAGUUCUGGCAAUGUACACAAACAAGUGCGGCAUCCUGGCCCCUGCUUUGGCCAGUGGCGGACAGGAAGCAAUCGAUGCACACCUCGCCGCGAUCUCACUGGAGGGCCACAGAGCAUUCGACAUCAUAUUCAUGGAUCUCUCUAUGCCUGGAGUCUCAGGCUUCGAUGCUACGGCUGCAAUACGAAGACGUGAGGCCAAGGCUCGAACUGCAGUGCCAGUAUAUAUUGUCGCGCUUACAGGACUAGUCAGUGCGAAGGACAGGAAAGCGGCAUUCGAGGCGGGUGUAGAUAUCUAUCUGACCAAGCCGGCUAAGAUCAAAGACAUCCAGGUUGUGGUCGAGGUAUGGAGGCAGCUGAGGCUUGGUAGGAGAUGA